CGCCUGGUCUGCAGCCUGGAGCUCCGAUUCGAGCAACCAGCAACGCACGAAUGAAGAGGCCGCACAUGGCGCAGUGACUUCCUUCCACCACCUCUUCGACGUCUCACCUGCUGCAGCCGCGUGCCUGGCGCUCUGAGACCUCCAGGGCUUGGGGACGAGUGACCGUAACAGUACCCGCUUGGCGUUCGGUGUUGGUCGUCGUCGUUUAAAGAAGCACCGAUUCCCGAUUCCCGAUUCCCGUUUCUAGCUUCUGGUUUCCCGUCUCCCCUUUCCCACCUCACCGGUGACCAUAACGAUAGCCACCAUAAACAUCAUCGUCAAUCCAACAUGCGCGACCCCUUCCCGCCGAUUCCGGCGCUGAGUCGGGCCAUCGAGCCCCUGGCUGAGCGCCUCGGCAUGCAAACGCUGCCCUUGCACAUCCACGAGGUCGCCGGCGCCGCCCUGCUCUACACUUUCAUCCAACUUGUCGUCUCGCCCGUGGUGUCGUCCCGCCUCUUCCCGCGGCACUACCCGCGCCAUGACCGAGCCAAGAAGGCCAACUGGGACACUCACGUCGUCUCGCUCUUCCAGAGCCUGCUAAUCAACGUUCUGGCCCUGUGGGUCAUGUUCGUCGACGAGGAACGCCAGAACAUGGACUUCGAGCAGCGCAUCUGGGGGUAUACCGGGGGAUGCGGCCUGAUCCAGGGGUUGGCCACGGGCUACUUUAUCUGGGAUCUGGGCAUCACUAUCACGAACCUAGACAUCUUUGGGUUUGGGCUGCUCGCUCACGCCGUCAGCGCCCUGGCAGUCUACACGUUCGGCUUCCGCCCCUACAUCAACUUCUACUCCCCCGUCUUCAUCCUCUACGAGCUCUCCACGCCCUUCCUCAACAUCCACUGGUUCUUCGACAAACUCAACAUGACAGGCUCCAAGCCCCAACUCUACAACGGCAUCGCGUUGCUCGUGACCUUCUUCUCGUGCCGCCUGGUGUGGGGCACGUACCAGUCGGUGAUGGUGUACGCCGACAUGUGGCAGUCGGUGACGCGGGGCCCCUCCCCGGAGUACCUGGCCCAGGCCUUCGCCGACCCGGCCACCGCCGGCGACCCGAACACCAACCCCAUGUACUUUUCCCGCGACGCCGCCCCCAUCCCUUUCGCCCUGACCGCCGUCUAUCUCGCCAGCAACCUCGUCCUCAACUCGCUCAACUGGUUCUGGUUCGUCAAGAUGGUCGCCGCCGUCAAGAAGCGCUUCGAGCCCCCCAAGCCGGGCAAGGCCAAGCGUGAGGCGGUUCCGGAGAAGCCCGUGUCGCGCACCAAGGCGACCGCGCUGGCUGAGGAGGAGGAGCUGGCGGCGAGGCGCCGUAGGGCGCCUUCGAUCGAGGAUGUCGUGCCGGAUACGGAGGAGUUGAGGGAGGGGACUAUUCAGUGAGAAGGGUUUGGUUUAGAAAGACUGGAGAUGUGACUUGUGAUAGACGGUGUUUGAGAAGGGAGGGUAAUGGUUCGGUGUGUGUAUUACGACGAUACGGCAUGGCAUGUCACGGCACGGAGAUAUUGGGUCGGGGUCGGCUGCAUGGGAUGGGAUCUUCCGGGCUCAUUUAUUCGCUCUUCUAUCUGUGUGCUCUUGCUUUGGGAGUUGUUAUCUGGAUUUAGACGCCAAUCUACGGAAUUCUAUUAUACCGGGCCCAACGGUCUCUUUCAUCCAAUGGACCGACCCCUGUGAUACG